AUGGAAGUAGUCGAAGAAAAACGUUCCUGGUUGCAUCAAUUACGUGAAGGCUUAGAAAAGGUGGUGGACAUGAUCGUACCAGAUAAUGUUCAACUUGACGAAAGAGUGAUCAAGGCCUUCAAGGACUUGGAUGAUGUCAUCGAGCAGAAAUUGAAAGACACAACUCUCUAUCCCGAACUUGAGUGGGACGCGGUCGUGCGCAAAUCUAAUGAUCUGUGCGAAGAAGAAGUCAAAUUUGUUCGUGACAGGAAGGUUGUUAUCCGUGAAGCGUUUGCGAAGUAUGUAGGUGUCGAUGUUAGCGAGAUCCACGUUGACGACAUCCCGGAAAUUACGUUUAUGGGAAGCGGCGGUGGAUUUAGAGCCAUGAUCGCAGUGACAGCUUACUUCUCCUGCUUAAAAGAAGCUGGGCUUUACGAUUGCGGUGUAUACAUCACAGGACUCAGCGGCAGUUGCUGGAAUUUGGCACAACUCUAUACCUCGGUUGCACAAUCGCAUGAAGAUCCACUUCAAGCUCUCAUUGAAUUUUACCGAACAAAACUCGACUACAGUCUUGCCAGUGGACACGGUGUUCUCAAAAGCCUCGCUCACAAUGUCUCUCCACAAUCAGCCGUUGAACUAACGUUCGGUGGUUUGCUACAGAAAAAAAGUACUGGGAUCAAACUAAAGGUCAUGGACCUUUAUGGCGCAUUGUUAGCCGUGAAACUCUUGCUGGCUUCGGAUCCAUCAAAACAACAUAGCGACUUUAAACUAAGCGAGCAGAGAAAGUACUUGGAAGGUGGAAAGAAUUUGAUGCCUCUUUACGUCGCAGUUGAACAAAUUCGCCCAUGGAAGGAAUCUCUUGAACCAGAAGACGCAGCAUUGAUUCCAAACUACGAACAAGUUUUGAAAGAACAUAAAAAGAAACCGGAUCAUUAUCGAUGGUACGAGUUUAAUCCUUAUGAAGUUGGGUGCGAAGAAGCUGCCGCCUGGAUUCCCGCUUGGGCAUUCGGUCGAAAAUUUGAGUUCGGGAAGAACAUUGAACGUUAUCCCGAACAAAACCUUGGAUUAUUGAUAGGUUUGAUAGGAGCGGCGCCGUCCGCGCCGCUUAUCUCGGACAUUACGCAAUUCCUGCUACUUCUUCCUGAAGGAAAAUUCAAAACGGAAUUUAAGAAGACGUAUGACGAGGCUAUGGAAAAAAUAGGACCCUAUAAGAAACAAGAAUUCGAAGGCAUGCAUCCUGUAUCACAACCAAAGAACUAUAAUUUCACAUACCACCUCAAUCCACCACCAUAUGAACUUGGCCCCACUAACAAUAAAAACAUCGGCCUAAUGGAUUCCGGCGUAUCCAAUGAUUUUCCGAUGUACCCAAUAACUCAUCCAAACCGAAAAAUCGAUGUCGUAAUUGGAUUUGAUUGCUCAAGUGUAAUUAUUGAUCAUAAAAUUUUCGAUGCCGAACAAGAUUUCUUUUGCAAUCGACGAGGAAUCAAACGCGUUACUCGUGACAUCAGCAAUAAAUACUGUGAAAUUUAUGAUUACAUUCCAACCGGUAAAACCGACGAUGAAUAUUUACCAGCUGCCAAAAAACAAUUCGUGUUAUGCUAUAUGCAAUAUCUGCCAAAUGACAAGGUUGACCCGACUUUUAUACCAAGCAAAGCAAAAUUUGCGGCAUUUAAUAAUUUCGUUUACACUCCUGAGCAAAUUGAUCUGAUGGUCAGGCUGGCGAAACAGAACUGGGAAGAGGGGAAAGAAAAAGUCAAGGAGGUUAUAAUUGAAACCUGGAAAAAGAAGAGGGAGGCAAGAUUGAAUGGAACCGUCUUUCCGUAA